AAAUUUUACUGCUGUGCCCCAGCGUCUUUCUUGACACGAUUCCAUUUCCCGAAUCCAAGUAGGGAGGCAUGGUUGCUUUCCAAAUAAGAAAGCUUACAACGUCAUGAUACAGGCAUGUGAAAUUAAGAAACAGAAGUCAAAAAUUCAUGCGAGCAAAUAGCUAUUUAACAGCUGACAACUUCGAAAACCCUGAGUGUCCAGGAAUGGAAUCAAUUCCGAGUCAGCUGCCAGCCGUACGAGACUCCAGCUGCUCCCCAACUUCCAAGCAAGAGCUGCAAUCCUACUCUGGCCCUGCGUUAAAACCUAACCAAGUCAGCGAGGCCUCUCUGUACGGAAUACCCAUAGUCUCUCUAGUCAUAGAUGGCCAAGAGAGACUCUGUCUCGCUCAAAUCUCCAACACCCUCCUGAAGCACUACAGUUACAACGAGAUACACAACCGCCGCGUGGCCCUUGGUAUUACCUGCGUGCAGUGCACGCCAGUCCAGCUCGAGAUCUUGCGGCGCGCAGGGGCUAUGCCAAUUUCAUCCCGGCGUUGCGGGAUGAUCACCAAGCGCGAGGCCGAGAGGCUUUGCAAAUCCUUCCUCGGGGCACACGCGCCGCCCAAGUUACCUGAAAAUUUUGCCUUUGAUGUAUCUCACGAGUGCGCAUGGGGAAGUCGGGGCAGCUUCAUACCAGCUAGGUACAACAGCUCUAGAGCUAAAUGUAUAAAAUGUUCAUUCUGCAAUAUGUAUUUCUCUCCAAACAAAUUCAUAUUUCACUCGCAUCGCACCCCAGAAUCCAAGUACACACAGCCCGAUGCUGCUAACUUUAAUUCGUGGAGGCGUCAUCUCAAAUUAACUGACAAAAAUUCAGCUGAUGAGGUGACGCACGCCUGGGAAGACGUCAAGGCCAUGUUCAAUGGCGGCAGCAGGAAGAGGACGCUGCCAUCCAGUGGGUCUACGGGGUCCUCCCCGACCAAAACCCCGGGACCCCGCGGGCAGCCCCACAGUGAAUCCCCUGAAAUCCCGCACAAAGCCAUGAGAUGCCAGGACGAGCAGUCCGGCGUUGUUCCAAGCAGCAUGCGCAGCUAUCCCGUUAUCCCCGUGCCCAGCAAGGGCUUCGGGAUGCUGCAGAAGAUCCCCCCGCCGCUCUUCCCCCACCCUUACGGAUUCCCUGCCUUUGGACUGUGUCAGAAAAAAGAGGACGGCAUGGUGAUUGGCGAGCCAAAUAAAACUAACCUUUCAGGCAUGUUUUGGCCCGGGACGAAAGACAGUGGCUAUCCAUCGUUUCCAAUGUUUUGGCCCACAACAGGAAGCCUCCCCAUGCCACCCUAUUCCCAGUCACACCCUAAACCACCCUCGGACCUGCUAUGCUCCAGACCAAAUGAAGUUGACGUCUCGGAGCCAAAUGACCGAGGCACAAACACACCCAAAGAGAGUGGUAUAGACAGCGAGCGCUGUUCAAGCACGCAGUCCCUCCGCAAUGAAGAGGACAAGUCUGGAGAUGACAGCCGCUCGGUGGAUGGGAUGCCAGACACUCCCCGGAAAAUGAGCUACAUAUCAGCUUUCAGACCUGUGGUGAAAGACACGGAGAGCAUUGCCAAGCUGUAUGGGAACAGAGGGUCGUAUGCAGGGGGUCGAUCUGGCUACCUGUCACCCGAUUUUCUAAGCGAAAGUUCUAGUUACAGGUCGGCCUCUCCGGAUGUGGACAGCGUGGAUGACCCGGAUGUGGACGUAGAGUCAAACAAAGUGCAGGAGGAGGACUCUUUUGCCUUGUCAGGUGACGGCCACCGGAGUCCACUUGGCCCUGUAACUCAAGAAGCGGCCGCGACGAGUGUGGAAUCGGAGGACAGAACCAAGUCGAGCGAGGCACGCGCUACAGAUGCUGACAGAGAGAGCAAACAGCUGCCAAUAGAAACCAACAGAAAUACAGCGAUAUACGAGGUGUAUACGAAUGAAAGAGACGGCCAUGUGCAACGAAUGAGCACCCCGUGCACAUUUGGAUCAUCAGUUAAUUACCAACGUGAUCGUCGGGAGUCGAAUGAUACGCGCGAGGAGGAGCCGUCUUCUACUGUGGAUGAAAUCGAACCUAAAAGUUUCCACCAAGACCAUGGCGCUCUGUCAGAUGGAAACCAAAGAGAACCUGAUGGUGGUCAGGAGGCAACCCGUUGUGAUGAUGGCACUACCCCAGUGAUCGGCAGCAGAAAUAUAGAAAGCAUGGCCAAAGAAGAAUUGCAGAAACAGUUAGUUGAGCAGGUGGAACUUCGGAAAAAACUGGAGCGGGAAUUCCAAACUUUGAAAGAUAAUUUCCAAGACCAGAUGAAGAGAGAGCUGUCCUACAGGGAGGAGAUGGUGCAGCAGUUGCAGAUAGUUAGAGAUACUCUAUGCAGCGAGUUGGACCAUGAGAGAAAGGCUCGUUAUGCUAUUCAACAGAAGUUAAAAGAUGCUGACCCCCCGGCACUGUACUGGAACCUGCACCUUCAAGCCCCCCCUGCUGCCCCCGUGACCGGCAGAGCCCCCGCCCGCCUCAGGAACCAACCCCCCAGCUGGUGGACCGAGUGGGAGAGGAACCUACCUGCCUGGAAACCUCCUCUGAUUUUUAGCCGAAACCACACCUAACCUUCACCGCCACACCGAACUGCACCCAGUGAUAUCUGUAGAAACACAGAUGUGAGUCUAUUCGUAUUGUAGUUCCAGGCCUAUGUUAAAGCACAUUUUGAGAGACAGAAACCAAGGCUUGUUCUCAGAUAAAAAUGUAAGUAUUGUAUAAUCUGAAGUUAAAGACUAACACAGUGAUUACAUUGAAUAACCAAGACCAUCACCUCUAGAAAUUUGUUUAUAUAUCAAGUGGCUAUGUGCAAUGCAUAUAAAAAAUAUACAUAAACAUAUAUAUAUAUAUAUAUAUUUAUGUAUCUUGUGAUACUUCUUGUUGGUGGAAUGUUAGAUGGAUCUAAAUAGGUGGUUUAGUUAUUUAUGUCUUUGUACAUUUUUAUUUAACCUUAUUUAUUUUCCCUCAUCUCUGUUGUUUGUAGUCAUCUGCAACUUUGUAUUAUAUUAAUGUAAAGCACUUUAAACAGGUAACCCAGCGGAUUCAAAUGUGUAUUAAAAUAUGCUCUUUGGAAAUAACUGGAACUGCUGUUUUCAUUGGUUAAAAAAUAAAUAACUGGAACAAC